GCUGGCAGUACUCUGCUCUUUGCAGGCCCUUUGAAGUAAGGCAGUCAACAGGUCCUCCCACACAUUCGUUACGCAAACAUGUCGCUCCGUAUGCGGACAUCUUAGAGCAAGGUUUUGGCAAAUGCAGUGCAACAGGGUGAAGAUUUUAUCAAACCCUUCGCAGCAUGACGACGACCAUGACCCAAACUCCUGAGUCGCGGACUGGCACCCAACAUCGUUCCCUCUCUCCUCACAAGGACGCGAGACAAUCAACCUCCAGAGAAAGAUUUCCUUCCUUUGACGCCACCCUUCCGAACUUCACCUUCAACCCUGGAGCCGCACUGGUUGCGGACAGUCCUCUGGAAAUCUCACCGGGACAACUCCCCAACCACGAGAUAAAAUGGCCGGCGAGAAGAGAGAGUCAAAGGUUGCGCCAUGCAAGACCUUCAGGAAUAUUUGGCCACCGACCCAGAAGAAGUGUUAGCGAAGCACUGAACAAAUUCCGGACACGUCAAGGGAGUGUGAGCGAAAACGUGGAGGACCUUGCUGAAGCACUAAAGGCGCCGGUGUCCUACAAGCUAAUAGCGCUGUGCAUGGUCUGGUACUUGACUUCAGCUCUGACAAACACGUCGUCAAAGUCCAUCUUGAACGCCUUGCCGAAACCUGCGACCCUUACUAUUGUCCAGUUUGCCUCAGUCUCGGUCUGGUGUCUGAUCUUGACGGGUCUAUCAUCCAUCUUCCCAUCACUGAAGAGAGCGGUGCCUGCGUUACGGAAUGGCCUCAGGAAACCUUCGUGGGACGUCUUGUAUACGGCCUUUCCACUUUCGAUUUUCCAACUGUUGGGUCAUCUGCUCAGCUCGUAUGCCACCUCGAAGAUUCCAGUUUCUCUUGUUCACACCAUCAAAGGCCUGUCGCCGUUGUUCACAGUCCUCGCCUACCGCCUUGUAUUUCGCAUCCGCUACAGACGGGCCACCUAUUUGUCCCUUGUACCACUUACAUUGGGAGUUAUGAUGGCGUGCUCUACAGACUUUUCGACCAACUUCUGGGGCAUCAGUGCCUCCCUGGUGGCGGCCAUUGUCUUCGUAACCCAGAAUAUCUUUUCGAAGAAGCUAUUCACCGAAGCAUCUAGAGCCGAAGCCGACGGACAGACACAUCUUCCUCGAAAAUUAGACAAGCUCAAUCUGCUGUGCUAUUGCUCUGUGGGAGCUUUCAUGCUUUCAGCCCCUGUUUGGCUCUACACCGAGGGGUUUGAGCUUAUGGAGGACUUAUGGAAGGAUGGCUCCGUUGACCUUGCGACCAAGAAAAGUACAUUGGACCACGGAGAGCUUACGUUGGAAUUUCUAUUUAACGGACUUUUCCAUUUCUUUCAAAACAUCAUGGCAUUUGUCUUGCUCUCCAUGUUGUCGCCGGUGUCUUACUCGGUGGCGUCGCUGAUCAAAAGAGUGUGGGUGAUUGUGGUUGCAGUGGUUUGGUUCCGCAGUUCGACAACCUCCAUACAAGGCGUUGGAAUUGCACUAACAUGUCUUGGGCUUUAUCUCUACGACCGGACCAGCAUGGAAGAUGCUGCUGAAAGACGGACCAAGACAGAUCAUUUCCGCCAUCGGGCAGCGUUGUUACCUGUUACUGAGGUCAAGACUCCUGGGUUUACAGAAAGCCAUGCAUUGAAGGAGGAUUAUGUGGGCGAUAUGUCGGAUUCACACCCUAAGAGGGAUGACAGUCGAGGUCGACCACAUGACUCGACCUUCUCAUCGGGAUGGCUACCACCUGGAACCAAGCAAGAAAGUACUUGGGAAGCGAGAGGCCAGAACGAAACGUCAUAAUUACAUGUAGCAUCAAUGAAACGCAGCAACGGUGCUUGGACUUGGUAAGCUUAGGUACAAUGUACGAGAGGAUCCUUCCAGGUGGAUUUUGAAUGAUUGAUAGACGGAACAAAUAUGUCGGCGCCGAGGACAAGCGGCAUUGAUUGCUGAACAUGAAGAAUAGUAAUGAAACCAUGUUCUCGAUACCUAUACGGAUAGGUAGGUAGGUAUGUAGCGUCCGUCGGUAAAGGAACCGAAGCAUCAUUGAAAUCUUUUU